AUGCCAGUCACAGAAAUCGCGCUCCUCCGCCUGAAUAAGGAAGUCCUCCUCCUUUCCACCAAAGCAGGUCUUGUGGGAGCCCAAGAAGCACAGUCUAGACAUUCAAAUUAUCAAGUGCACCUUCUACGUGAAAUUGAGGAUCCGGCUUGCAUUUACUUGUUAGGCGGGUGGGAGUCGAUUGAAGAGCACAUGAACGAUUGGAUACCUUCCGAGACCAAUCAGACGUUGCUUCAGAAAUUGAGAGGUGACCUUGAGGUGAAAUGGAUGUUUCAUCUGGAUAUUGAACCAUCAACCUCUCAGAUUCCACUUGACGCUCCGAUUUUAGCUAUAUGCAGAUACUUCGUUGAUCCCAAGAACAAGGCAGAGUUUGAUAGUGUCCUUAAGGCCGCAGUCCCUCAUUUAGGGGCAUACACGGCACUUUUUACCCAUGACGGUGGAUGGCGCAUUGACAAGGAAGGCGAUGAUGAUGAAUAUGUGCAUUUCAGUGGCUGGAAUGAAGUGAAAGAUCAUGUUGGAUUCGGAGAAUCUGAGGGUCUCAAGGAGUUUGGAAAGAUCAAGGGGUUGGUCAAAGGGGUGGAGAUUAGGCAUGUGCGUAGUGAGAAAUGGCUAUGA